UGAUUUCCAUUAGGGUUGGAGUUGCCCAGAACUCCAAUUGGAUCUUUAAAAACGCAUUUCCAAAAAGUGCUUUAAACUCUUUUCAUAGCGUUUGCUGUGGGACUCAGGUGGUAUUUUGAUGCAGCAACAGGGUUGUCCUUUGUAGUUUUGUGGUCCUCGCUGUCCGCCCCUGCUGACUCACUAAUUCAGUGCAUCUUCCAGCAGAGUUGAUUGUGAGAUCGCAGGUCGAGAGGAUGACAGUUCAAGUGUACUGCUUGUUUAGUGCGGUUUUAUUGGGUCUGUCUGCUUGUUGGAGCACAACACACGCUGGAGUCCUAGUGUCCGGUCGGUGUCCGGCGAUGCUGACGGUCACGCCGUCCCGUCGAGGAUGCACUUCUGAUAGAGACUGCUCUGGAGGACACAAAUGCUGUCAAUUUCCCUGUGGGCGCUCGUGUGUGCCGCCUGUUUUCACAAAGCCAGGAGAGUGUCCAAGCAAAAAAAUUGGAGCAGAAACGUGUGACGAUUUGUGUCACUAUGACAGUGACUGUCCGAACAAUGAGAAAUGCUGCAGCAAUGGAUGUGGACAUCAGUGUAUGGCUCCAUUUGCAGUGAAGCCUGCAGCCGAACCUCCGAAGCCUCCAGUGAGGCCUGCAGCCGAACCGCCGAAGCCUCCAGUGAAGCCUGCAGCCGAACCUCUGAAGCCUCCAGUGAAGCCUGCAGUCGAACCUCCGAAGCCUCCAGUGAAGCCUGCAGUCGAACCUCCGAAGCCUGCAGUGAGGCCUUCCGACGAACUGUCCGAGCCCUCCGACGAACUACCAGAGCCUUCCGACGAACUGCCCGAGCCGCCAGCAGCCGAACCCACAAAGCCUCCCGUCAAGCCUGCAGUGAGGCCUUCCGACGAACUGUCCGAGCCCUCCGAACUGUCUGAGCCCUCUGACGAACUGCCCGAGCCGCCUGCAGCCGAACCCGCAAAGCCUCCUGCCAAGCCUCCUGUGAUGCCUGCAGCCGAACCCGCAAAGCCUCCUGCCAAGCCUCCUGUGAAGCCUGCAGCUGAACCCGCAAAGCCUCCUGUCAAGCCUCCAGUGAAGCCUGCUGCCGAACCUCCGAAGCCUGCAGUGAGGCCUUCCGACGAACUGUCUGAGCCUUCUGACGAACUACCGGAGCCUUCCGACGAACUGCCCGAGCCGCCUGCAGCCGAACCCGCAAGGCCUCCUGUCAAGCCUGCAGCCGAACCCGCAAGGCCUCCUGUCAAGCCUGCAGCCGAACCCGCAAGGCCUCCUGUCAAGCCUGCAGCCGAACCCGCAAGGCCUCCUGUCAAGCCUGCAGCCGAACCCGCAAAGCCUCCUGUCAAGCCUGCAGCCGAACCCGCAAAGCCUCCUGUCAAGCCUCCAGUGAAGCCUGCUGGUGAAUUGGCCAAGCCUCCUGUGAGUCACCCUUAUGGCUAAUGUCCUGGCCAUAAGUUAUGUGGGUAUGCAUGCAGUUAACUGUGCUGAUUUAACCAUUGGAUGUGUAGUGUUUCCUGUAUAGCCAAAUAAAUCUCACUUUUAUGAC